CGCUUGCUCAAUGUCCCGGAUGUUCCUACAUUUUAGUAGAGGAACAAAAAAUGGGCUCAUUAUCAAGCUUCACCAAACCGUUUAGAUUAUCCCCACACACGAUUAUUGUACAUGUAUGAGGACCAGGCCGCAGCUCUGAGCAGAGUCCACGUCCGUAGUCUCCGUGUCUGUAAAGUGAUUAAUGAAAUCGAAGAGAGAUAAGUUGGAGGUGAGAGUUGCGGGCCGAGUGUGUUGACACAGUUGGAGCUGCUUCACACUGCUGACAGGGCCUUCCGCCAUCCCUUCACCCGUCAUCUGCCUAGCGAAGAGUGAUGACCUCACAGCAGCAUGGGAAUGCCAACCCUGCCCUCCUCUCGCCACAGAACUCUUCAUCAAGUCAGGGCAGGCAACACAUUUCUCGUUCCCCGAUAGACUCGUAUUCCCACUCCGGGCUUUCCUCUCCUCGGAGAGGCUGGGUUGCAGCGUCCUCAUCCACAACAGCUCAUGGUAACUCUCUUGCGCUCUCUCUAAGCCGAUUGGCUCCGGCUUCCUGCAGUAUUUCCUCCUCGUCUCGGAAACCUGCGUCCGGCCGGGUGGAGCCGUGGCCGGAGGAGGCUGUGGAUGACGCAUAUGGGCUUUACUCUCUUCACCGCAUGUUUGACAUUGUGGGCGCGCAGCUGACGCACCGUGAUGUACGUGUGCUGUCCUUCCUUUUUGUGGACGUUAUUGACGAGUACGAGAGAGGAGGGAUACGGAGCGGGCGGGAUUUCCUGCUCGCCCUGGAGCGUCAGGGGCGAUGUGACGAGACAAACUUCCGGCAUGUUCUUCAGCUGCUCCGCAUCAUCACUCGACAUGACCUGCUGCCGUACGUCACGUUGCGCAAGAGACAGACAGUGUGCCCAGAUCCAGUGGAUAAAUACCUGGAGGAGACGUCAGUCCGUUAUGUUUCUCCCAGAGGAGCAGGAGAAGCCCAGCAGGGAACUCCUCACAGAAGAACAGGACCCCAGCCAUUGAUCUGCUGUCCUCCAUCAGGACCCCAGGUAUGCCCACCCCGUGCUAAACCAACCCCACCUCCGCCGAGCAGGAAAAGGAAGAGAUCUCACACGACAGCUGACUGCAGAGAAAAACAGACCUGUGACAUACGACUGAGGCACACAUGA